UAUACUGCACUUUGAAUAAGUAUAGUAAACAUUUUAACAUUCUAUUUUGGUUGAUGAUGAGAUUUUUCACUCGUGAGAAUGACGAGAGAAAAUUUGAAUCACUCCAGUCAUAUCUUGAAAUUGCAAAGAACAUUUUCUAUAGGUACCUACAUGAUUAUAUAAAUGGAUAUUUUUUUCGAUAAUAUUUCAGUAUAGAAACAAUUCGCAUUUUAAAAACAAGUGAAUACGUAGAUAGGUACCAAAGUAAACUCAAAUUAAUUAUAAUGAAAUUCUUAACUCUCUUCGCGGUUUUAGUUCAUGUUGCUUUAGCCAAACUAGAUCAAUCAUGGUGGAAACAUACGACUCUUUACGAAGUUUAUCUGCCAUCAUUCAAAGACAGCGAUGGUGAUGGAAUCGGUGACAUAAAAGGUCUUACUUCAAAACUUGAUUAUUUCAUGGAGUUGGGAAUCGAAACAGUGUACAUUUCACCUCAUUAUCUAUCCCCGAUGGAAGAUGGAGGCUACGAUAUAACCAAUUUUACGCAAGUUAAUCCGAUUCUGGGCACGAUGGAAGAUUUUAAAGAGCUCAUAGAUGAAACGAAAGCCAGAGGUCUGAAAUUGAUCGUGGACAUCAUAAUCAAUCACAGCAGCGAUAAACAUCCUUGGUUCAUCAAAUCAGUCAACAGAGAAGAUCCUUAUACUGACUUCUAUGUUUGGCGCGAUCCUAAGUCUUACGAUUACAAUGGAAAACCUAUACCACCUAAUAAUUGGGUGAGCAUUUUCAAAGGAAGUGCUUGGCAAUGGAACGAGCAAAGAAAACAGUUUUACCUGCAUCAAUUUACUCUCCACCAACCGGAUUUCAAUUUGAGGAAUAAUCUGUUAAAAACUGAAAUCAAAAAAAUUUUCAAAUUUUGGCUCGACAAAGGAGUAGCUGGUUUCAGAAUCGAUGCCACCAAAUACUUGAUAGAAGACGCCGAAUUUAGAGACGAUCCCGUUAAACCUGGUGUAAUUGUGCCUUACACUUAUCAAGAUGUCACACAUCUUUACACCGCUGACUUAUGGGAAACAUACGUUUUCUUGCACGAAAUCCGAUUAUUUUGCGAUCGAGUGACAAAAAAAUUCACCGAUUAUGAAAGAAUUCUUCUCCCGGAAGCUUACGGAGGUGGUAAAAUGCUGUAUCAAUAUUAUGGCUCGAAAGAUUACAAAAUAGCUCAUUUCCCAUUGAAUUUCGCUUUCGUUUUGAUUGUCGAGUACAAAAAUGCUUCAUUUUAUCACAAUUUAAUUAAUAAUUACCUGAGUCCUAUACCUGAAGGAGGCAUCCCCUCUUGGAACUCAGAAAAUCACGAUAAAUUCAGAAAAGCUAUGGUGUAUAAUCCGGAAUACGAGUACAUAUUUACCACAAUGGUGAUGUUACUGCCUGGUGUAGCUUAUACUUACUACGGACAAGAGAUUGGUAUGAUUGGUGCGAGAAUUCGCGAUGAUCAAAAAAGAGAUUCUAAUCCGGAUGAUUUCACAAAAACUACAAGAGACAGCUGCAGACUCCCUAUGCAAUGGGAUGACUCUUUCAAUGCAGGAUUUUCUACCAAUCCCAAAACUCAUUUACCUGUCAGCUCUGAGUACUGGAAAAUUAAUGUGAAAAAGCAAAAAGCUGACAAAAACAGCCAUUACUACAUAUUCAAAAGAAUGCUCGACUUGAGGAAAACAGAUGUGUUCAAAUAUGGAGAUUUUAAGUCGUACGUCGUUUCUACUUGGGUAUUUGCAUUCACAAGAACUCUGAAAGGACAGGGAACAUUCUUAGUGGUUUUAAACCUGGGCAGCGAAACUGAAAUGGUCAACUUGAGUAGCGUCAUUCAUAAACUUCCUGAAACAAUGAACGUAGAAUUGUCAAGUCCCAAUUCUGGAUAUAGCGUUGGAGAUGAAAUUGCAACUUCAGCAACGAUUCCAAAUACAUUCAUUUUGAGACCAUUUGGUGCAGUAGUGCUCAGUUCAAAGAUGCCCGGAUCGUGAUCAUUUUUAUGCAGCAAUACAUAUAUGAGGUUUUUAUUGGGAAAAUCUUCGACCAGCAGGAGAACUUUUCAACGUUUUAAUUAUUCAGUAGAAACGUUUUUCACAGGUGUGGUGCCUCACUAGAAAUUCCUUAUUCAAUUCCAAAUAAUGCUUCGAUAUUAUGAACGUAUCGGUAUAGGUACCUACCUAAAUUGUUUGUGCGGAGAAAACCACAAUAAAAUUUUAAUGAGGUA